UUCUCAAAAGCGGUCACACUGUAAAGUAAAUCCGUCUCGCUCGUUGCUGCUCGCCUUUAUUUCCGUAAAAAAGGCCAAAAAUGUGGAAAAUAAUUGAAAAACUGUCGUGAAAAGUGUGUCCGAAUAUAGAGUGCAGUGUCUGGCAAUGAAAUCACAUCGAAUUUGCAGCUCAAAACUGCCAAAAAGUGUAAAAAUCGGUUGCAAACCUGAUUUGUGAAGAAGAAGAGGGCAUUUUUUCAUCGUCGUAAAACACGUACAUACAGACACUCACACACAUACACGCACAUGUGCGCAACUAUAUAUGUAUAUACGAAACGCGCGGGCGCGAGAGCGGGACAAAGCGAGGGAGAGCGGCGAAUGUGAAAGCCAAAGCAAAAACCAAGAAACAAGUGAACGAAAAUAAAAACGAAAAUCGCAAUUCUCUCUUGCACCCCUGUGUUUAUUGUGGAAAACACUAGUGUUUUCGUGUUUUUGUGCCGUUUUUCGUGUUGUUAUAGUGCAAAAUGUGCCCCCAGUGCGGAUUAUCGGUAUCGGUAGUGUUUGUGGGCUGAGUGACAAAUGCAACCCCCGAAUCUGAGGCUGAAUCUGGAUAUUUGCUCGACAAAAGAUUCAAGACGCAGACUUUGGUGCAGCUGUGUGCGUGAAGGAGUGUGGUGGAAUGGCAAUGAUGUAGACCACCACAAGACGAACCUGAUGAUGAGCCGGUGAUGGGGAUAAUGAUGAUAUAAUGAUAAUGAUCCUGAUGUGGGAUAGCAACAGCAACAGCAAAAGCAAAAGCAACAGCAACAACAAGAACAAAAUCAAAAUCAACUGCAGAUGAGAGAAAAGUUAGCGCGAAAGUACAGCUAUGUGGAAAACUGUGAAUUCGUCGAGCAGAAACUCCCAACGCAGAAAAACUAAACGCGCAAAAAGAAGAAUUUUCAUCAGGCCAUAAACGCGAGCAGAGAACAAAGGAAAACUGUCGUAAAAAGAGGCAGCGGCAGGAAAACCCACCACUUAAUAGUGGCCCACAGCACAGCAGCAACAACAACUUGGCAAAGAGUCGAGAAAAGCAACUGCUAACCGAAAUCCAAACGUAAAUCGAACAAAAAAAGGAAACUACAAAUCAAAAGCGAGCAAAUGCAAACGCAAAGGCAAACGCAAAGUCAAACAAACAAUGGGUCGCUCCAAGUUUCCCGGCAAACCCUCGAAGUCGAUCAACCGCAAGCGGAUCAGUGUCCUUCAGCUGGAGGAUGAUCAGCCGCAGCAACAGCCGGAAACGCAGCCGGAACCCCAACCGGACACCCAGCAGCAGCAGCAGCAAACAAACUCUGGAUCCGGUUCCGGGUCCUUGACUGCGCGGGAAAAGGGGAACAAUUGUGAUAAAGAUGAGGACGACAAUGCCCCGGGCGGGGCCUCCUCCACAGGCGGAAACAACGCCUCAUCCUCCUCUGGAUCCAGUUCGGCAGGAACUGGAAACGGGAGCAGCUCUGCCUCAGGAUCUGGCUCGGGAUCCACCAACGGAGGUAGUGUGAACGGCGCCAGUAGCCACAGGAAUGCGGCUAAUUCGGACAAAGAGCAGCCGGGGGAGUCCAAGGACGGGGACAAGGACAGAACAAAAUCUGCCCCAUCAGGAGCAGCGGCCUUGGGCGCAUCCACUGCAAAAUCUUUUAGAACAUCUUCGGGAUCGUCGGCUUCGGGAGCUACUUCCGAGAGCUCCGCCGGAGGAAAAGGCCCUAAACUACCAACUGGAACAGCCUCUGGAAGGUCGAGUGGAGCUGGCAGUUUAAUUUCCAUUGAAAUAUCUUCUGGAAAACAGUCGGAAGCCUCCUCCGCCGCAUCCCCACGAGCCCUGGCAGGCCUGUCCCCCGGAGCAUCGUCUGCCUCGUCGUCGGGACUGGCCUCUCCCGGAGGCUCCUCGUCAGGAUCUUUUGCGUUGAAUGCGGCACUACUGCGACACCGCAAAGGCAGCAACAAGAAGUUCAAGAACUUAAACCUGGCGAGGGGCGAGGUCAUGCUGCCCUCCACUUCCAAGCUGAAGAUGCAACAGCAGGAGCUGAACGGCCCGGCGGCGGCGGGAAGUGCCUCCAACUCGGCUCCUUCGCCCUCGUCAGCGGAGACAGCUAGUAUGGGGACGGCGAAUCCCUUUGCUGGAGAAGCGGGCGAAGAUGCGGCCCUGAAGCGCAGAUUAGCCGACAUGCCCAAUGAAGCCGCCACCGAGACCGCUUCCACCAGCUCCGGCUCGGCGGGAAACGAAGCGGCGGCGGGAGCGACUACUUCAGCGGGGGCUGGGUCGUUGGGAUCAGCCGCCGGGAGUAGUCCCAAGCCGGGACAGGCAGCAGCGGCGACAGCGUCGGGGUCAGGACCUGCCAAGCAGAAGAAGACGGUGACCUUCAGGAACGUUCUGGAAACGAGCGACGACAAGUCGGUGAUAAAGCGGUUCUACAACCCCGACAACCGUAUUCCCCUCGUCUCGAUCAUGAAGAAGGACUCCCUCAACCGGCCGCUGAACUACUCCCGCGGUGGCGAGUGCAUCGUGCGACCGUCCAUCCUGUCCAAGAUACUCAACAAGAACUCCAACAUCGACAAGCUCAACUCGCUCAAAUUUCGUUCGGUGCCGUCAAGUGCUGCCAAGAGCUCCGAGUCCCCAAAUGUCUUUGGCCUGUCCAGAGCUUUCGGGGCUCCCAUGGACGAGGAUGAGGAGAAGUCUGGUGGAGUAACCUUUCGACGGAACGACUCGCCGUCUGGUCAGAUCAACGACGACGACGAUGAAAUGGAUGAGGACGAGGACGAAGAGGAGAACAACCAGGAUGAAGAGGAAAACGAGCUGGAGGACAUGGAUGAAGGCGUCUCCGAAAAGAGCGCUGAAACAGACAAGAACGGAGGGGAGUCUGAGGAACGAGACUCCGAGGAGAAGCAACUGGUCAUGGACUCGCACUUUGUGCUGCCCAAGCGGAGCACCCGAUCCUCGAGGAUCAUCAAGCCGAACAAAAGGUUGAUCGAAGACGGGGCCAUUAGCAAGAAGCCAGCGCCCAGUCCCAGCGACUCCAAACCCAAAAGCCUCUUUGGAGGUCCUGCUCCUCCCGCGUCCUCCACGUCAGCUGGCUUUAGCUCGUUCGGAAGCCUUAAACUAAAUAGCAAUACAAGUGGCAGUGGCAGUGGAAGUGCAAGCGGGAGCUUCGUGCUGCGCCAGCCAAGACUGCAGUUUCAGACGGACAGCAAACUGGGACCUUUUGGCGGAGUGGCUGCUUCUAAGAGCUCUUGUCCCACGUCGCCCAGUGCCAUUCAAACGCCAGCUAGUUCGUUGGCGAUGACUUCGUUUGGUACCCUGGCUACCUCCAGUUCCAGCCCAAGCCCCAGCCCUGCGGCAGGACCAGCUACGAGCAGCACUUGCUCUGUGUGCUCCACGUCGGUCAGCAGCAAGGAAGUAGCCCAGCCCCGUAAGUACGGGGUGGUGACCUGUGACGUCUGCCGAAAAUUCAUGUCGAAGAUGACCAAGAAGUCCAUAUCGGCUAACUCGAGCAGUCCCAAUGCAGCCGCCUCAUCUGGUGGGCAGCAGCUCCUGCAGUGCAAGGGAGCCGAAGGAUCAUCUUGCAGCAUACAGUCGGCCAAAAGUCAGCUGAAGAACUUCAAGAAGCUCUACAAGGAACGCUGCACUGCAUGCUGGCUAAAGAAGUGCAUGCACUCGUUUCAGCUGCCAGCGGCUCAUCGGAGUCGGUUGAGUGCCAUUCUACCUGCGGGAAUGCGGGUGGAUGUCUCUUCCCGGGAGGGUAAGCCCUCAGAACUGUUGUCCCCCACCGGAAGCAUACGGUUCACAGCCUCAUCUGCUCCCAGUACAUCUUCGGCGAGUGCGUCGGCGUCUGUGAAGUGGAAGUCGAGUGGCGACUCCUCGAGUGCCUUGGCCUCGAUCAAGUCCAAUCCUUUGGCGGAGAACAACGUGACCUUUGGCAGCACUCCACUGCUGCGUCCGGCUAUCCUCGAGAAGCCCCUCUUUCUGAAGAUCAGCAACGCAGCCGAUCAGAAGCUGACAGCUAAUGAAGCUGGCUGCCCCAGUCCUUCCAGAAAAGGCAAACAGGACAAGGAAAAGGAAAAGGAGAAAGAGAAAGAAAAGGUUAAGGACCAGGAUGUGAACGACAAGCUACUCAGCCCCACGUCGUCGGCCUCUAAGAAAGGCGCCUCCGCAGAAAACGCAGUUCCAGAAGCUCAAAAAGAAGAACCAGCGCAGUCUUCUACAACAACCGUUAAAAGUGGUACCCCGAAUGGGACUUCUCAGACCGCAAACCAAACAGAAGCCAGUGGAGAUAGCAAUCCCAACUCCAAUGCUAAUGGCACUUCAACUGGGGAGACCCUUAAACGCCAGAGGAUUGACCUUAAGGGACCUCGGGUGAAGCACGUGUGCAGGAGUGCCUCCAUAGUUCUGGGCCAACCGUUGGCUACCUUUGGCGAAGACCAGGAGGCGGAGGAAGAGGUUGAAGUGCAGAAGGAGGAAGUUGUACCUGUGCCAUCAGAGAGUUCUGCUCAGAAACCAGAUCCAAUGGUUACUGAUGAGAACGAUAACUGCGCAAGUUGCCAGACCCAUCCUGCGGAUGGAGCCAGCGUCAAACAAGCUUCCACAAGUAACCAGGCAGAGGCAAAGAAGCUUACUCCAGCUGGCAAAGAGAAUACCAGUGUGGCCAAAACAGAACCAGCGGCAUCAAGCGCUCCUGCCAAAGUAGGAACCAGAAAUACGGCAGUUGCUUCCAACAUCAACGUGGUGGCCACCAAGAAGCAACGUAAUGGGGACAUCAUAACCAGCAGCUCUGUGACGCAGACCUCCAGUCUAUCGCAAGGAAGAAGAACCAAGGAACAGCGCCAGCAGCGCACGCUGAUAUCAAUCGAUUUCUGGGAGAACUACGAUCCCGCAGAGGUGUGCCAAACAGGCUUCGGUCUGAUUGUUACCGAAACAGUAGCCCAGAGGGCUUUGUGCUUCCUCUGUGGCUCGACGGGAUUGGACCCUCUCAUUUUUUGCGCCUGCUGCUGUGAACCGUACCACCAGUAUUGUGUUCAGGACGAGUACAACCUGAAGCACAGCUCAUUCGAGGAGACCACUCUGAUGGGAAGUCUGCUGGAGACGUCAGUGACUGCCGCCAGUACCGGCGGGUCUGCUUCUUCCCUGAAUCAGCUGACGCAGCGCCUGAACUGGCUGUGUCCGCGCUGCACCGUCUGCUACACCUGCAACAUGUCCUCCGGUUCGAAGGUGAAGUGCCAAAAGUGCCAGAAGAACUACCACAGCACGUGUCUGGGCACCAGCAAGCGUCUGCUGGGAGCCGACCGUCCCCUGAUCUGUGUGAACUGCCUCAAGUGCAAGUCCUGCUCGACGACAAAGGUCUCCAAGUUUGUGGGCAACCUUCCGAUGUGUACGAACUGCUUCAAGUUGCGCAAGAAGGGAAACUUCUGCCCCAUUUGCCAGAAGUGCUACGACGACAACGACUUCGAUCUGAAGAUGAUGGAGUGCGGCGAUUGCCGGCAGUGGGUGCAUUCCAAGUGCGAGGGCCUCAGCGACGAGCAGUACAAUCUGCUCAGCACGCUGCCGGAGUCCAUUGAGUUCAUAUGCAAGAAGUGCGCCCGGAGGAACGAGAGUUCCAAAAUAAAGGCGGAGGAAUGGCGCCAGGCUGUGAUGGAGGAGUUUAAGGUCAGCCUGUACAGUGUUCUGAAGCUGCUGAGCAAGUCGCGUCAGGCGUGUGCUCUUCUGAAGCUGAGUCCUCGCAAGAAAAUGAGGUGCACCUGCGGAGCUGCCGGUAAACUGCAACCCAAGGCCCUGCAAUUCAGCAGUGGAUCGGAUAACGGGCUGGGCAGCGAUGGCGAAUCUCAGAACAGCGACGAUGUCUACGAGUUCAAGGAGCAGCAGCAGCGGAAUGUGAACCAAAACAAAUCUCGGGUGGUAAAAUCCCUCCCCUGCUCCUGCCAACAACCGAUCAGCCAGCCCCAAUCCUUCAGCUUGGUGGACAUUAAGCAGAAGAUUGCCAACAACUCGUACGUGUCCUUGGCGGAGUUCAACUACGACAUGAGCCGAGUGAUACAGCAGAGCAAUUGCGACGAGCUGGACAUCGCCUACAAGGAGUUACUGAGCGAGCAGUUCCCGUGGUUCCAAAACGAGACGAAAGCCUGUACAGAUGCCUUGGAGGAGGACAUGUUCGAGUCCUGUGCAGGAGGCAACUACGAAGACCUGCAAGAGGGGGCUGGAGGAUCUUCUGUUUACAACGAUCACUCUACCUCGCAGGGAGAGUCCCGCUCCGGAGUGCUAGACAUUCCAAUCGAAGAGGUGGACGACCUGGGCAGCUGUGGAAUCAAGAUGCGGUUGGACUCGCGGGUCUGUCUGUUCUGCCGGAAGAGUGGCGAGGGCCUCUCCGGAGAGGAGGCGCGACUGCUGUACUGUGGCCACGAUUGCUGGGUGCACACGAACUGCGCCAUGUGGUCGGCAGAGGUGUUCGAGGAGAUCGACGGCUCGCUGCAAAACGUCCACAGUGCGGUGGCAAGGGGAAGGAUGAUCAAGUGCACGGUGUGCGGCAAUAGGGGUGCAACGGUGGGCUGCAAUGUGAGGUCCUGCGGGGAGCACUAUCAUUAUCCCUGCGCACGGAGCAUCGAGUGCGCCUUUCUCACGGACAAGUCCAUGUACUGUCCAGCGCAUGCGAAAAACGGCAACGCCCUGAAGGCCAACGGUUCCGCCAGUGUCACCUACGAAUCCAACUUCGAAGUGUCCCGUCCAGUUUACGUGGAGUUGGAUAGGAAACGAAAGAAGCUGAUAGAGCCGGUGCGCGUCCAAUUCCAUAUUGGCUCCUUGGAGGUCCGACAGCUGGGCACUAUAGUGCCCCGGUUCUCCGACUCUUACGAGGCGGUGGUGCCCAUCAACUUCCUCUGCAGCCGCUUAUACUGGUCCUCGAAAGAGCCCUGGAAAAUAGUGGAGUACACAGUGCGCACGACUAUCCAGAACAGCUUUUCCUCCACUUUGACUUCGUUGGACGUAGGCAGGAACUACACCGUGGACCACAGCAACCCGAAUGGCAAGGAGGUGCAACUGGGACUCGCGCAAAUCGCCCGAUGGCACAGCACUUUGGCUAGGAGCGAUCUCCUCGAAGGAAAUGGAACCGAUUGGACUGGCGAGUUCGCCAACCAGAACUCGUGUGUUCCUCCGGACGAGAACACGGAGGAGGAACCCCAACAGCAGGCCGACCUGCUGCCUCCCGAAAUCAAAGACGCCAUAUUCGAAGAUCUCCCCCACGAAAUACUAGAUGGCAUUUCUAUGCUGGACAUAUUCAUGUACGAUGACCUGGCCGACAAGAGCGAUCUGUUUGCCAUCAGCGAGCAGUCCAAGGAUGGCACGCAGGCCAUGACCUCCCAUCAGGGCCAGAGCCAGCAGAACCAGCACGCGGGCGGAGGAAGCGUCAGCAUCUGCGAUGAGGACACACGGAACUCGAAUACGAGCCUGGGUAACGGAUGGCCGGCGAGCAAUCCUGUGGAGGACGCCAUGCUGUCUGCGGCUCGGAACUCUAGUCAGGUUCAGAUGCUCAAAACCUUGGCCUGGCCGAAGUUGGACGGAAAUUGUGCCAUGGCCACGGCGAUCAAGCGCAGGAAGCUCUCCAAAAACCUGGCAGAGGGUGUCAUCCUCACUCUGAGCAGUCAACAGCGCAACAAGAAGGAGAUGGCCACGGUAGCAGGCGUCUCCCGGAGGCAGUCCAUCAGCGAGACAUCCACGGAGGCCUCGAGCUCGAGCUCCGGAAGAAGCAAGAGCUUCACUUGGAGCGCUGCAAAGCGUUACUUCGAGAAGAGCGAAGGUCGCGAGGAGGCGGCAAAGAUGCGGAUCAUGCAGAUGGACGGCGUGGACGACUCGAUCACCGAAUUCCGCAUCAUCUCAGAUGGUAACCUGUCCACAGCUCAGUUUACGGGCCAGUUGAAGUGCGAGAGAUGCCAGUGCACGUACAGGAACUACGACGCCUUCCAGAGGCACUUGCCUGCCUGUGAGACCGCGAUAUCCACCAAUGAUUCCGAGUCGGAGGUCAACGCGACUGGCACAACCACAAAUGCCGCUCAGUUGAGUGCGGAGAGCUUGAACGAGCUCCAGAAGCAACUCUUGGCCAAUGCCGGAGGCUUGAACUACCUCCAAACUGCAGCUGCCACGACCUUCCCUCAGGUCCAAAGCCUGGGGUCACUGGGUCAGUUCGGCUUGCAGGGCCUGCAGCCCCUUCAACUGCAGCCGCAGUCUCUUGGCAACGGCUUCUUUCUCUCCCAGCCCAACCCGGCUCCCAGCCAAUCAAACGGCACGGAGGAGCUGCAGAUCUACGCUAACUCCCUGCAGAGCUUGGCCGCCAAUCUCGGAGGAGGUUUCACUUUGGCUCAACCCACGGUGACGGCUGCGCCGCAGCCCCAAUUGAUAGCCGUGUCCACAAACCCCGAUGGCACCCAGCAGUUCAUCCAGAUCCCCCAGACCACGGCGCCCACGGCCACUUAUCAAACGCUACAGGCCACCAAUACAGACAAGAAGAUAGUGCUUCCCUUGUCGACGGCCGGGAAACCCCUGAAAACCGUGGCCACCAAGGCUGCGCAACAGGCAGCCGCCAAGCAGAAGCAGCUCAAGUCCGGACACCAAGUGAAGCCCAUCCAAGCGAAGCUGCAGCCGCACCCCCAGCAGCAGGCGACGCAAGUGCAGCAGGCGACGCAAGUGCAGCAGGCGCAGCCCAUCACAGUGAUGGGCCAAAAUCUCCUGCAGCCGCAGUUGCUCUUCCAGAGCAGCGCUCAGGCGCAGGCUCCUCAACUAAUACUUCCUCAGACACAACCGCAGAACAUCAUCUCCUUUGUCACCGGAGACGGAAGCCAAGGACAGCCGCUGCAGUACAUAUCCAUACCAACUGGAGGAGACUACAAGCCGCAGCCGCAACCCACGGCCACCCCUACUUUCCUGACUACGGCGGCUCCCGGAGCUGGAGCCACAUUCCUACAAACGGACGCCAGUGGCAACCUUAUGCUGACAACAGCUCCGACGAACUCUGGGCUUCAAAUGCUGACAGCUGCCCCUCUGCAGUCACAACCCCAGGUGAUCGGGACUCUCAUUCAGCCCCAGACACUUCAGUUGAGCGGAGCGGCCGAUGGCAGCCAGCCAGGAGCCAGCCAGCAGUCCCUCAUUCUGGGAGGAACGUCUGGCGGUGGAACUACUGGCCUGGAGUUCGCCACUACGACGCCCCAGGUGAUCCUGGCCACGCAACCGAUGUACUACGGAUUGGAGACCAUUGUACAGAACACGGUGAUGUCCUCGCAGCAGUUUGUGUCCACGGCCAUGCCUGGAGUCUUAAGCCAGAACGCUAGUUUCUCGGCAACCACUACCCAGGUAUUCCAGGCGAGCAAAAUCGAACCUAUUGUGGAUCUGCCCGCCGGGUAUGUGGUGCUCAACAAUCCUACAGACGCGACAGGUGCUGGCACGUUCCUGAAUGCAGCGAGUGUGCUUCAGCAUCAGGCGCAGGAUGAUCUUCUGCAGAAUGCCAACUUCCAGUUUCAGGCUGUGCCCUCCUCGUCCGGAGCCUCAACAGCUACGCUGGACUACUCGGCUCCGCUCGUCGUCACGGCUAAGAUACCGCCUGUGACUCAGAUGAAGCGAGCGAAUAGCAAUGCGGGUAAGGCGGGCGUGUCGGGGCUGAGCAAGGUGCCGCCGCAGGUGGUCAACAAGGUGCUGCCCACGAGCAUUGCCACACAGCAGUCUCAGGUGCAGCUGAAGAACAAUACUUCUGGGAACCUGAAGCAUUCGGUGAAGGGCAAGGCGGUGUCUCAAACGGGGACCAACUGCGGAGCUCCCCCCAGCAUUGCGUCGAAGCCACUGCAGAAGAAAACCAACAUGAUUCGGCCCAUCCACAAGCUGGAGGUAAAGCCGAAGGUAAUGAAGCCGGCGCCCAAGGUGCAGAUCCAGAGCCAAACCACGUUGCACCAACAGCAGCAGCAGACCGUGUCACUCCCGCAGCCACCGGCCCCAAAGAUCACAAUAACCCAGCAAAGGACUCCUGUGCAGAGUCAGCCACAGCAGCCUCAGCCGACGCAGCUGCUGCAGAUCUCCCAACCCCUCCAACAGCAGCCUCAGCCAGCGCCAGUGCCGCAGCCGCAGCCGCAGUUGCAAGUGCAGGUGCAGCCUUCGAUGCCCAUAAUAACCAUCGCUGAAGCUCCGGCUCUGCAGACGCAGUUCGUGAUAGACCAGCAAGAGCUGGUGAAUCAGCAGGAGUUGGUAAACCGAGUGCAGCACUUCGCCGGCAGCAGCACCAGCAACUCCCUGCCCACCAAUGUGGUGAACCCUCUCCAGCAACAGGCUCCUCCCACGACGAACAUCUCCACGACAAGGCCAACCAACAGGGUUUUGCCCAUGCAGCAGCGCCAGGAGCCGAAUCCGCCCACAAUCGAGUGUCAGGUGAUGCCGUCGCCCACGCCUCCAAAGCCCCUCGAGCAGCAGGUGAUUCAGCAGAUCACCAGCGCCAUCGCCCCCAAGUGCUAUAUGCCGAAGACUGUGUCGCCCAUUUACGAAGCGGAACUAAAAACCGUCACCGGGCUGGACAGCAUUGUACCCUCCAACGCGGAUUGCGAGAUCAUGGAGCAACCUGUCACCGAGUCCAUCUACACAGAAGGGUUGUAUGAGAAGCACUCGCCGUCGGACGCCAAAACAGAGCAGCUCAUCAUCCAACAACAGCAAAGGGAGCAGCUUACCCAGCUGGCCAACAACAGCUUCCUGCUCGAAAAGCACACAUUUGAAGUGGAUGCCAUGGACACGGAUUCUUACAGGGACGACGAUCUGGAGGAUGACGACGACGAGGAGGACGACUUCAGCCUGAAGAUGGCAGCUUCGGUUGGAAACGACCACGAAAUGUCGGACACUGAGGAGCCGGCCGUGAAGGACAAGAUCAGCAAGAUCCUGGAUAAUCUGACCAACGAUGACUGCGCCGAUUCGAUAGCCACGGCAACCACUGCAGAGGUGGAGGCCAGCGCGGCAGGCUAUCAGCAGAUGGUGGAGGAUGUUCUGGCGACCACGGUAGCUGCUUCGUCAGCUCCCACCGAGGAGUUUGAAGGCACUUUGGAAACCGCAGCGGUGGAAGCAGCCGCUAGUUACAUUAACGAAAUGGCGGAAGCCCAUGUCCUUGAGAUGAAACAACUGCAAAACGGUGUGGAGCUGGAACUGACCAGGAGAAAGGGUGACGCCCAGAAGCAGGAAUCGGUCCCCAAGCAGGCAGUAGAAGCUCCAACGGCAGCUGCUCCGGAGCCACCACCGCCUGUUCGAGAACCCAAAAAGAUCAGUGGACCCCACCUGCUGUACGAGAUUCAAAGCGAAGACGGUUUCACCUACAAGUCGAGUUCGAUUUCCGAGAUAUGGGAAAAGGUUUUCGAAGCCGUGCAGGUGGCCAGGCGGGCGCACGGUCUCACUCCCCUGCCGGAGGGACCUCUGGCGGACAUGGGUGGCAUCCAGAUGAUCGGACUGAAGACCAAUGCCCUCAAAUACCUAAUCGAACAGCUGCCGGGAGUGGAAAAGUGCUCGAAGUACACGCCGAAGUACCACAAACGAAACGGUAAUGUGUCCACGGCGGCAAACGCCGGACACGGAGGGAGCACGGGCGGCGGCAACGCAUCCUUGGCCGCUGGCGGAGACCCCCAAGCGCUGCUCGACUAUGGAUCAGACCAGGAUGAGCUGCAGGAGAACGCCUUCGAGUGUGCCCGCUGUGAGCCGUACUCCAGUCGCAGCGACUACGACAUGUUCAGUUGGCUGGCCUCCAGACAUCGAAAGCAGCCCAUCCAGGUGUUUGUCCAGCCUUCGGAUAGCGAACUGGUGCCCAGACGAGGAACUGGCAGCAAUCUUCCCAUGGCCAUGAAGUACCGCACCCUGAAGGAGACCUACAAGGAUUACGUUGGGGUCUUCCGGUCGCACAUCCACGGACGCGGACUCUACUGCACCAAGGACAUUGAAGCAGGGGAAAUGGUCAUUGAAUAUGCCGGAGAGUUGAUUCGCUCCACGCUGACGGACAAGAGGGAGCGCUACUAUGACAGUCGCGGUAUUGGCUGCUACAUGUUCAAGAUUGACGACAACCUGGUUGUGGAUGCAACCAUGCGCGGCAAUGCGGCCCGCUUUAUCAAUCACUCCUGUGAGCCGAAUUGCUACUCGAAAGUCGUGGAUAUCUUGGGCCACAAACACAUCAUAAUCUUCGCACUGCGCCGGAUCGUACAGGGCGAGGAGCUUACCUACGACUACAAAUUCCCCUUCGAAGAGGAGAAGAUACCCUGCUCAUGUGGCUCCAAGCGUUGUCGGAAGUACUUAAAUUAGUAAAGGAAGGCAGGAGAGGGAUGGGCGCUGGGAGCUUCAUCCAUAAAGCAUUGGGAUGGCCUGGCUUUAUCCAUUGGGGUAGAAAGUGAUAUUGGGGUUAUGCUGUGCAACUUUUCUUUGUAUGUUUGCUGGUGCUCAAGUUAUAGGUGUUUAUAAUAAGAGCUCAUUUUAAAGCUGUAUAGAUAUUUGUAGGCUUUUUAUAUUUGUCUUAAAAUGUGAUCCGUCUACCCUAAACAACUCUAUUUGUCUAACUUGUAUUUUAAAAACUUUUCUUUAAAGCCCAUUUAUAAAAACCUUUGUAUAAAAUUAAAUCUUUUAGAGUAGAACGCAAAGUUGCUUUGUAACCCCAGAUAUAACUUUCCACUUUAGUGGCUUAUUGCCCAAUUUAGAAGAAUAUCCGAAGAAUUAAGAAUCACACACGGAUUGUGAAAUGAAACACUUGUAGUUAACGGUUAUUUCGAUCUGUUUUUGGUCAAUCGUGAUACUUUCGUUUUAUACCCCAAUACGUCUUAAGUAGUUGAUAUAUAAGAGUUAAACAGUUGAUAUUAUUCUAUCUUAUAUCUUAUAUCUAAAGAGAAAGAAACAAAACAGCACAUAUUAGGCAACGAAAGCAAGCAGACUCCGAGAGAUCGGACGGAAACAAACAGAAACUCGACGACGUCAGUAUUCAGGGGGAGUAAAGUAAUUGUAUAUUGAAUAUGUUACGUAUUAGCUACUUACCACAUACGGAUAACGCAAAUCAGUUAGCAACCUAGGCUAAGGCUCCACAGAUUCUAUACAUAGCGGAUAGCACCACACCUAAGCUGGAAGAGAUAGCGACAUUUGGGCUUAGGCGAGUGACAGAUGUGAAACGAUGGGAGACAUUAAAAACGAUUACUUACAGGGGCUUGUGUUAGAGUGUAAAUAUAAUGCUUAUGGAUUACAAUAUCUAUAUUAAAAUAUUCUAAAGUAACGAGAAAUUAACUAACCAUAAGGUACUUGAGUUGUAUAAGAGAAACUAUUUUAUGUAGAGGUCUGCGUAUUUAUGUUUGUUAACAAUUAACCUACUGAUUAAUUGAUUGAACUAAGAAUAAUACCCGCAAACCAUUGCUAAUACAUAUGAAUAUAAAAUGAGAAAGCUUAACUGAGGAGAAGGAACGAAGCAUCACCCUUGAAAUUAUUAAACCAACAUAACUUAUAAUGUACGAACUAAUUCGACCCUAUGAUUGUAUAUUUAUUUUUUAAAUCCUUGUUUUAAGCAUGUACAUGUAAUUCCCUUGAUUGGAGUGCAAGCAUAACGAUAACUUCUAACGCCUAACUUUUAGGUCAGCUCCCUUGUAUUCUACUAGUUUACCGAUAUGUAUCUUUAUGUUACGCUUAAGUAUUUGUCCAGAAUUGUAAACCCACACCCAUGUAGCAGGCAGGCAGUCAGGCGGUAGAUGUAUUCCUAUCGGACUUGUACAGGCAAAGUUCCAUAGCAUUUUUGGCAGCCAUUCAAGACGCGCGCACUUUUUGCACGCUGUCGAGGAAUUUUAUAUUUUUAUUCCCUAAAGAAAAAAGUUUAAUAAACUACAAAUUAAAUUAUAA